AUGCGCGCACUAGCUAUUCUUCGACUGCUGCCCAAGAGGCUGGAGCAACGUUUGAACGCGCUCGACCUUGUUCACCCUAGAAAUGCUGGUAAGAGAAACGGGACGAUCCAAAGGCUGCCCCGUUUAGGUAUCGGUUUAUUGGUUUAUUCCAAACGCCUUCGCCCAGUAGUGGAACCUUUAGGAGCUGGUACUCCUAUUGCGUUGAAACUAUGGCUGGGGAGAACCCUACGGAUUAUACCCCUACUAUUGCCCGUUGGUAAGGACUUCGAAACUACCGGUUUACCGCGCAUUCAAAUCCUUUUACUCCAUUGCACAGAAUCGGCUUCGCCUUGCACUCCGCAUCCCCUCCAAAGGACCUCCCCAACCACUCCAUUAGCGCAGAUCAGGCAACUAACUCAAAGAAAACAACACCGGCGCUUUAGCACAGAUCAGGCAGCUAAACUACUCCCUUAA